AACCCAUCGCGGCGGUCACACUACACGACGAAAAAAUAAUUUGAGCGGUCACUCUAAAAAAUCCACGGGCUGAAAACGCUGCUGACGAAUUCUCACCUCUCGCCGCAGCUGCAAUCCAACAACAAAAAGAGCUACAACCAUGUUCUCGUCCUUUUUUGAGACUGCCAAGAACUCUCCGUUCCGCAGCCCCUUGGGCCGCGUCCAGUGCGAGGGUGCGCCCGCUGUGACCUGUUCCCAGGAUCUUGAACUAGAGCCGGUGCAUGGCCGUCAGAUCAGUGCAGCUGCCGCCACCGUCGAUUCGUGCGAGUUCGGAAGCAACAAAUACUUUGCUCUGUGCGGCAUCGGUGGUAUUCUCAGCUGUGGAACCACUCACACCUUUGUGGUACCCUUGGAUUUGGUCAAAUGUCGCCUGCAGGUCGAUCAGGCCAAAUACAAAAAUCUGUUCCAUGGCUUCAAAGUCACCGUUGCCGAGGAGGGUGCCCGCGGCCUGGCCAAGGGCUGGUUCCCCACUCUGCUGGGCUACUCUGCACAGGGUCUGUGCAAGUUUGGCUUGUACGAGCUGUUCAAAGUAAAGUAUGCCAAUAUACUGGGUGAGGAAAAUUCCUAUCUGUACCGCACCUCGCUGUAUCUGGCCGCCUCUGCAUCAGCGGAGUUCUUCGCCGAUAUUGCCCUGUCUCCUUUCGAGGCUGCCAAGGUUAAGAUUCAGACUGUGCCCGGGUUUGCCAGCACCUUCCGCGAGGCUGUGCCCAAGAUGCUAAAGGAUGAGGGCAUUAAUGCCUUCUACAAGGGUCUAGUGCCAUUGUGGAUGCGUCAAAUCCCAUACACCAUGAUGAAGUUCGCUUGCUUUGAGCGUACCGUUGAGCUUCUUUACAAGUAUGUGGUUCCCAAGCCCCGCGUUGAGUGCUCCAAGGGCGAGCAGCUGGUUGUCACCUUUGCCGCUGGCUACAUUGCAGGUGUGUUCUGUGCCAUCGUAUCGCAUCCCGCUGAUGUGGUCGUGUCCAAGCUGAACCAGACCAAGGGUGCCAGCGCUGUGAGCGUUGCCAAGUCCCUCGGCUUCAGUGGAAUGUGGAACGGCCUGACGCCUCGUAUCAUUAUGAUCGGUACCCUGACCGCUCUGCAAUGGUUCAUCUAUGAUGGAGUCAAGGUUGCUCUGGGCAUUCCCCGCCCACCACCACCAGAGAUGCCCGCUAGCCUGAAGGCCAAGCUGGAGAAGCAAUAAGUUGAAACGACGGGCAGAACGCAAUGAUCCACUUGUAGUUUAAGACCAGAGUUGAUGCGUUGGCGCGGAUUCGGGCUGAACCAGGAGCAGCAGCAUACAUUUACAUUUACAUUUACUUUCGAUUGUGAAACGAAGUUAUUCUUUAAGAUUAUAUAUUUAAUUUCUAUAGAGCUCAAUGUUGUGUGUGUGCGAUGGACACAUGAACAUUCCAGUUACACUUCAUGCAUUUCUCUAUCUCAGCCAUUUAUCUACUCUACAAAACGAAACUUACACUGUCGACAAAUUUAACAUUCUAUAGACGAAUCUAUCUUAUGUAAUUUAACUACACUCAAGCUAAAAGUAUUCCAUCUCUGUUCUAUCCAACAGAUACAAUUAUAUAUAAACCUACUGUAAUGUGUCUCUAGCUUAAGCUGGCUAGAAUGUUUGCGUGUUGUCUCCUGAGUUUUUUCCCAUAACCCUGCCGCCCACUUGUUCACCUUCCCUGUAUCGUGGUCCUGCACCUGUCAUGUAUGAGAAAUGAUAUUACGCUGUUUCAAUUGUUUGAUCCGAUCCCCAAAAA